AUAAAAGGCGAUUGAUAUCCACGGGAUAUCACCAGUUUGUUGAAAUUGAACAUCCAGGGGAGAUCUACACCUUGCAACCAGAAUGAAGACUUUUUUGAUUUCACUUGCCCUCAUUGCUGUCAGCUCAGCAGCAGUGUUACCAGUUGAUGUCCUGCACAAAUCUCAGAACAUCAAUGUUGAUGGUUCCUACCAAUUUGCAUAUGAGACCGGAGAUGGAGUUGCCGUUUCACAGUCUGGAGUUGGUGGAGAAGUAGCCGAAGGAACUGCCCGGUGGGUAGCUCCUGAUGGUACUCCAGUUGAGUUCUCCUACCGUGCUGAUGGUGCAGGUUACGUUGCCAGCGGAAGUCACGUCCCAGAAACCCCAGAAUAUGUUUACCGUGCCAUCGAGUGGAUUCGUUCCCAUCCAUCAGUUGGUGAGGAGAAAUACAAGUACCCCACAUACAAAUACACCGAACCAGUGCCAGUUCUCCCCGGUGUCGUAACAUCCAAGCCUGUCACCACUACCUUCAGCACAGUCACCCCAGUUGUGCCUGUUGUGCCAUUCUCCCCUGUUCCCAAAGUGGCCAAACCCACAGACUUCAAGUACAAAUCUCCAGUCUUCUCCACCCUCAAACCCUCAGUCACUGUCUACAAGCCAGCCACCUACACAACACCCUUCCCCGUCAAAGUUAGCACUUUUCAUUAAAAUAGAUACCCCCAAAAAAUUGAAUUAUUGACCACAAAUUCUGGUUGCAGUCUGAUUUGUUAAUGUCUUUCAAUAUGUAAAAAAAACAGGAUUAAGAAAAUAAAUGUUUGUUUCAUAAAUAA